AUGGUGGAUCUUAUGGUUAUAUCUCAAACGGACCAGGUUAUGCACGUGCAACUUUGUUCGAAAUCUGAUAAUAAAAGUUUUUUCUGCUCGUUUGUCUAUGCUGAAAAUAAUUAUCAAGCUAGAAGGGAUCUUUGGGAGAACUUAAAUAUACAUAAGAUGUUUGUUAAGGAUAGGCCGUGGAUGGUGUUGGGGGAUUUCAACUCAGCGCUUUCGUUGGAUGAUUGUUUUGCUGGGUCCUCUUCCCUCACAAUCGGUAUGAGAGAAUUUUCCCAGUGUAUUCAGCAAACGGAGUUGAUGGAUCUCAAAAGUCAUGGGAUGCAAUAUACUUGGAACCAAAAACCAAAGCAGGGUGUGGGUAUUCUAAAGAAGAUCGAUCGUGUAUUGGGCAACAUUCAGUUCUUAGAUGCUUAUCCAGAUGCCUUUGUGUUAUUUCACCCGUUCCGAGUUUCUGACCACACGCCUUGUAUUGUUACUUUCCAUACGAUAAAGCAUAAUAGGCCGAAACCUUUUAAAUUUGCCAAUUUCUUCGUGAAGAAGGAGGGUUUUGUGAACUGUGUUUCGGACGCAUGGGCUAAGGAGGUGCAAGGGGUGACUAUGUUUUCGGUUGUCAAGAAGCUUUCUUUCUUGAAGCCCCCGUUGAGACGUCUUCUUUUCAAGCAAGGUAACUUGCAUGAACGUGUCAAGUUGUUGAGAUCUAAGCUGGAUGAUAUUCAUAUGGCUAUUGAUGCUAAUCCAUCGGAUACGACUCUUAGAGAUUCUGAAUCUAGAUGUCUUCAAGAAUUUCAAGCCGCUUCAUAUGAUGAAGAAUGUUUCCUCAAACAGAAAGCUAAAGCGGAUUGGUUGGCUGCGGGUGAUUCGAACACAAAAUAUUUCCAUAAUUGUGUCAAAAUGAGGCACGCUUGUUCAAAGAUCCAUAGCAUUCAAGAUGUGCAUGGAACCUAA